CGAGAGCUGCUGUUUUGGCUAUUUCGCUACGGGUAGUUGAGAGGGCGGGUAGGAGAAACAAUCUAAUCAUGCUUACGGAAAAAGAUCAGCUCGUUUCGGCAGACGAAGAAAUAUCAAAACAGUGGGACGAAUGACCAACGUCAUUUUUCGAUUAGGAAAGGUGCAUGCGUUGGGAGAUGUCGUGGUAUUAAACGUAAACACCUACGAUGUCCUUUUCAGCCUUCCCGCUCUUGUGGCGUUACGAGCAAAUCUGGACUUCGAGCGACUGUCGAUUAUCCUCCGAAAUACGGGAGGAAAACCCUAUGAUGUACCCAUGAGACUAGCUCUUCGUACUACCACCAACGUGGUCCCGCGAGUUUCUCCGAUGAUAGUGGGAACCCUUCGCAUGAUCACCUGGGAAAACUCCGCAGACGAUGAGCCAUCAUCGAAGGAUGCGGAUAGCAGUGACGAAAAUGAUCCGGUAAUCCUGGAACUAGCACGACAACGCAUUUAUUACAACGCCGCCCAGAACGAUCGCAAGAACGAUGCAUCUAACUAGCAUUUCGAGGCAGAAUCAGACGGGCUCGGAAUUAAGAUCGCAACUAAACCCGUACCAUGGCAAGAUAUCUGCGAUGGAAUCACCCCGGAAGGACAUGUGGCCAUCCGGGAGAAAGACGCCCAGAUGAUGGUCACGGUGUUCUCCUGGCGAUCAGACCAUUCGCUUAUCUCUGCGCCACCACCCGAGGCAGCGAAACAAGCACGCACGAAGCAGAUCAACGUACGGAUCUGGAGUCAGCCUUAUGAAUUGCACGUUCCGCAGUACAUACCUGAUGAGAUUCAUCGUUUCAUUACGGACAUUCUGACGGAAUAUCAGGGAGCGAUUAGUGUAAUGGACACUGACAUCGGCUUGUCGUUGGUCAUACAACACGAGAUCCAGACAGGAAGCCAUCCCCCGGUCCAUUGCAAACCCUAUAGAUACUCCCUAACUGAACGAAGGACAACCUUGCAACGAAUUAGGGAAUUUGAAGCUAAUGGAUGGAUUGAACCGGCUACAGGACCGUGGUCUUUUCCCAUGGUAUUGCUACCGAAGAAGAACGGAUCGAUCCGCAUAUGCAUCGAUUAUCGCAAACUGAAUGACAUCACGAUUAAAGAUGUGUAUCCCCUCCCCCGGAUUGAUGAUUUGCUGGAUGCGAUUGAAUGUGCUAAUUAUUUUAGCAAGUUUGAUAUUCGGCAUGGCUUCCAUCACAUUCUGGUUAAGGAGGAAGAUCGGCCGAAAACGGCCUUCGUGUUGUUCGAAGGCAUGUGGCAGUGGGUUCGAUGUCCGAUGGGAAUUUGCAACGCGCCUGCCACGUUUCAACGAGCAAUGAACUUCCGCUGGUCAGAAUCGACACCAUUCGGAGAAGGACUAGAGCACCCAGAGGACAGCGUGGAGCUCCUAAUCAUCCUGGCCUGGAGGACGGCAGAGGAAGGCGAUCUGCUGGGGAUCGUAUUUGGAAAGGUGGAGGAGGGAAAUCUCGCCCUGAUUACGAGCGAGCCGUUGGUGUUCCUGACCCAGCUGGUGGAUGAUCUGCACUUGGACAUCUUGUCGCGGCGCGACGAGCAGCCCGACACCCACAUGCUGUCUCGGACGCUCGAGCCGCACUUGGUGUGGUCCACGUGUACAGAGAUCGACGAGGACAACUAUCUCUAUCCCUCCCAAGCACUUUACCUUGAAAUCGACGUCACCGAUUGCACGUUUUGGGACCCGAUCGCGCGGAGAAAUGCGGCGCAAAACAAGGAGAUAGAAGUAGUGAAGGAAGAAGAAGAAGAAGAAGAAGAGGAGCUAUCGAGUGAAGGGCGGGACGACCCUGACUACGUCCCGGAGAGAGAAGCGGGGGUAGCGAGAGGAUCGAGCCAGCAUCGCGAAAAGAGCGAAGAGGAGGAAGAGCAAAAGGAGCGAAAGCGACGGGAAAACGCGGAGGGUAAGCGACCCGUGAAGGAGGGAACUCCUAUUGAUCUGUGAAACCGCGCGUUCAUUGAACGCGGGUUUUCGGUUCAGAAAUUGAAUGGAAAGCACGCGCGUUCAAUGAACGGGACCGAACGCG